AUGACAUUGAAUGAACAGUCAUGUGCAUUCACUGCAAUGUUAGUGGUUUUACAGACGUCGGGAGUUAGUGUUAAAGGUGAAGGUGUUUUUAGAGUUAUCAAUAACAUAACAUUAACUGAUGUUGAAAUGUCUAGAUCAACACUACCAGUUGAUGUAUUCUUUAAAAACUUUCGAUUUCUGAAGAAGACCGUUGUUGUGAAAAAUGAUGACUAUAAUGCUGCAUAUAAAGCACUAUCCAAAAUACUGACUUUGGAUAAAGUUAAGAAUACAAUCAGAGCUCAAGAAUAUUAUGAAAGACCUACAGUAUGGAGACGAAGAAUAAUGUAUGAACGUUGUAAACGUAUAUAUGAUUCGGAAAUGGCUAGAAAAAUUUCACUUGUAGUACGUACAAAUAGAGUAGAUCCAUGGCCACGUUAA